AUGCGCUCGCAUUUGCGCUUUGUAGCCUGCCUGGCGACACUCUUCUCCUCCUCUCUUGCUCUCGAGUUCACCUCGCCAACCUCAGACUCGCAGAUCGACCCCAGCAAGAGUGUGGUCAUUUCAUGGUCCCUCAGUCUUACUGAUCCCUCGGUCAUUGACCUCAAACUCACCAAUUCCGAUUCGAGCACAGAUCUGACAAUUGCAACUGGCGUCGUUUCGUACACUGGCUCAUACACGGUGCCGGCGGGCUCCAUACAGGGUUCGGGAUCUGGCUAUAAGAUAUUGGCUGUUGGAAAUGGGAACACCCUUGACCAGAUCACCGGGUUGACAUUUGGGAGCAAGAAUGAUCAGAGUUCAAGUGGAGGGACUGGGCAAGUGACAUUGGUCACAACGGCGACUGUCAUCCCAACACCAGCUGCCACAGGCAGCACCGUCCCAACAGCCACGAUCGACUCAGUUGGAGUCGUCACCAUGCCUGGCACAGUGACUGGAAGCGAGUCAACGACACGCACUGCCGGGAGCAGUUUCACGACCAGCACAACGAACAAAGCAAGCAGCGAGUCAAACGGCGCUGUUGCGACAAGUGCCGGAACCACGAAUACCGCCAAUGGUCAGAAACGACGAGGUGGUGAACUCAUCCUCAGUGCUGCUGGUCUGUUGGCGGGUGUUAUUGCUCUUUUGGCAUGA